UUACUUUACAUUGUACAGAUCACUGCCGAGGUUACAUUUGCAAAGUGAGAGUGAGACAAUGCAGCUAAUCCUCUUAGAAGACUUCAGGUGUUAGGUAUUAUGCUGAUCCAUUGUGAAGACUCGUUCAGUGCCCUACAUAAGCCUUUUGUCGUUGGCGCAAUACUUUUUGUGUGUGCAAGUGCGUUUAACUUUUGAAAGCUGCACUGGAGUUUCGUGCCAAUGACUUUGCGCAACAUUGUUUAUAAGGUCGGAUUUUCCAUAGAUGCAAUGAUGUGACAUGAAUCACUCUACUGAAGUUCUGUGUUCUUCCACCCCAUGGUCUGCUGGGGACGGAGCCGGCCUCUACCAAAGCUUAUUUAUGCUACUUAAUUCAACCUAGCCACCAAGGAACGCUACUUUGGAAGAAUGAUGCAUUGUACAAGAAGAAAGCGGCUCCAGCUGAGCCGGGUUCUGUUUCUCCUCUCCGGGGUUUUCCUCUGUACCCUUUACCAGCUCACCAUUAGUGCCAGGCUGCAGGAGCCCAUGCCAGUGGCUCAGAUUGGAGAGGAUUUUGGAGAAGGGUCAACAGAGGGCGUUGAGGAGGCCGCAGCAGAGCCUGGAGGACUGGAGGAACCUUUUACUGCGGGACCUGAAUUAGAGCUCACAGAUCAAACAACACCCACGAAUGUGAUUCCUCACACUGAUAAGGAUACAGUUACAACGACAGACACGGAUACAUCAAGUGAUUUCAAAACAUCCGCCAGCACCGAAUCCCCACUGUUGCCAACCACAAACCGGACGAUUGUGCAUUGCAUCUAUGUGGAGCCAGAUCCUCCUCUGGUGACACCCACCCCAGUUCCAGCUCCGCCAAUUACAACCGGCUCCCCAGCUCCACCCGAUCAAGCUCCUCACGUUAAAGGUGAAUACCCUGAAGAUAUCUUCUCUAUCGAAGAUCGCAGACGAGGAUGGGUGAUCCUUCACAUCUUGGGGAUGAUGUACAUGUUCGUCUCUCUUGCGAUUGUCUGUGAUGAGUUCUUUGUGCCCGCACUGGGGGUGAUCACAGACAAGCUGGCCAUCUCUGAGGACGUAGCAGGAGCCACCUUCAUGGCGGCCGGAGGCUCCGCGCCCGAACUCUUCACCUCCUUGAUAGGAGUCUUCAUCGCCCACAGCAACGUCGGCAUCGGCACGAUCGUGGGCUCGGCAGUUUUUAACAUUUUGUUCGUGAUUGGGAUGUGUGCUCUGUUUUCUCGGGAGAUUCUCCAUCUGACCUGGUGGCCGCUGUUCAGAGACGUUUCCUUCUACAUACUCGACCUCAUCUUACUGAUCAUUUUCUUCUUGGACAAUGUCAUAAUGUGGUGGGAGAGCAUGAUGCUGGUGGCCUGUUACAGUCUCUAUGUUGUCUUUAUGAAAUUCAACGUACAACUGGAGCGAGAAUUCAAGACCCAGCUCCUCAAACACAAGAGCAUUGUGAAAGUUAUUGCUGUGGAAGAACCUGAAAAGACAAAUGGGGAAGGUGAAGAUAAUGCCCCUCCUGCUCCAGAGGACAAGAAUCGGUUAAAGUUGAAGCCAUCCCUUCAGCGAGGGGGGAGUUCUGCUUCUUUACACAACAGCACCAUGAGAAACACCAUCUUCCAGCUCAUGAUUCACACACUAGACCCUCUGGGAGACGGAAAAUUUAGGGAUAAGGCUGAAACCCUGACCAGUGUGGCUAGACGGAAGUCGGAGCCCAGAUCCCAAGGCAAAAGCGAAGGCAAAGAUGGGAAAACCGAAGAGACCAAAGAGGCAGAGGCUGCACCAGCCAAAGAUGCAGAAAAGAAGGAGCAGCCAGAAGAAAAGAAGGACGACGUGCCAGCGGAACAAGGUGGAUCCGAAGGCUCAGACGAUUCCGGCAGUGACGAAGACGACAGCGAGGAAGAGAGCGACGAGUCCAGUGAAGACGAGGAGGAAGAUGAGGAUGAAAAUGAGGAUGAAGACAAGGAGGAACAGGAUGACCCACUGUCGUUAGAGUGGCCUGACACACCACGCAAACAAGCCACCUACCUCUUCCUGUUGCCCAUAGUCUUCCCCCUGUGGCUCACAGUUCCUGAUGUUCGGAACCAGAAAGCCAGGAAAUUCUUUGUGUUCACUUUCCUGGGCUCCAUUAUGUGGAUCGCCAUCUUCUCCUACCUCAUGGUGUGGUGGGCCCAUCAGGUGGGAGAGACCAUCGGCAUCUCAGAGGAGAUCAUGGGCCUGACGAUUCUGGCAGCAGGGACCUCCAUCCCUGACCUCAUCACCAGUGUGAUUGUGGCGCGUAAAGGCCUGGGAGAUAUGGCGGUGUCCAGCUCUGUGGGCAGUAACAUCUUUGACAUCACGAUGGGCCUGCCCAUCCCAUGGCUCAUGUACUCUUUCAUCCACGGUUUGGCUCCAGUGGCCGUCAGCAGCAACGGGCUUUUCUGUGCCAUCGUGCUGCUCUUCCUCAUGCUCCUCUUCGUCAUCAUCUCCAUCGCAACCUGUAAAUGGAAGAUGAAUAAGGUGCUGGGUUUCACCAUGUUUCUGCUCUACUUUGUCUUCCUGGUGCUCAGCGUUAUGCUGGAGGAUCGCAUCAUUGUCUGCCCCGUUUCCAUCUGAGACUGCAAUCACAAGCCUUUUUCCACAGCACACACCAUCCCCGAGGAGGGGGUGGGAAUAAAUAUUGCUUUAAAAAAAGAAGUAAUUCUCAAGAAAAUCUUUUUUUUUUUGGACUCUUUAAAACAGUAAAUAACAAGUAAAUUUGAUAUAUUCUUUUCAACAAUAGCACUGCACUAGAUAGUUGUAAAUAUAUCUAUGCAAGAUUUUUUUUUAAAGCACACAACCCAUGAUUUUCACCACAAGGUUCUUCGAAAGUCUUGUUUGCAUCAGGAAAGACUGUUCCUUCGGUGAAAAUUUAGGUGUAAGCCAGUCUUUUAAUUAUUUUUUUCUGAAUAAUCUCUUUUUAGCUCUUUAAACCCCUUGUCAGAUUUUAGUCUUACCCUUAUUUUUCAAUAAUGCAUAGGGAGCUCUUUAGGUCUUGACAUUGUGAAGACAAAAGACUUUGGUAGCAAAGAGGAGUCCUGGUUUUACAAAUGGCAAACAGUCUGGGGCCCUUCUUUAAAACUGUCCAGAUUAUGUGGUGCAAUAAACACAUGUUUGUAUUUACAUUGCAAGUUAAUCUGCUUUUUAAUAAAGCUGUUAAAGUUAU